AUGGAUCUCCCUCCCUCUCAAACCCGCCGGCCGCCAAGCUCCCGGUCGUCACCACCAAUCUUCCCCAACGAACUCAUGGCAGAAGUUCUCUCCCUCCUAUCCGUCAUAUCUCUCAUUCAAAUGAAAUGUGUGAGUAAGUUCUUCAACUCCCUCAUUUCCGAUCCCACCUUUAUGAAAAUGCAUCUCCGUCGAUCCGCUCGAAACUCCGCGGAUAGGUUUUAUCAUAGUAAUGAUAUUACUCUUGAUCAAUUUGUGAUCAUUUCACUUGAUCUGGGUGCUGAGAGACACGUGGAGUUAAUGCCGCCUCGUGGUUUAGAGGAAGUGCCGCUUAUUGAGCCGACUAUUUGUGUGUUGACGGACUCUCUUUGUUUUUGUCAUGAUUUCAAACAAACUUGUUUGAUUAUAUGGCAGAUGAAGGAGUUUGGGGUUGGAGAGUCUUGGACUCAACUCUAG